UGGCGGCAAUCCAUGAACCCAAUUUUGAUUUCAAUAUACAUAAAUAUGUGCAACGCAAUUGCUUAACUUUUUGCAAAACCAAAAAGGCAAAAACCAAAAUCCAAUUUGGAAAAAGAAAAUAUUUUAAAAGAACAAUUUAGUAAAAACAAGACCGAAACUCCACGUGUUUGUAUGCAUGCGCCUUCACUCCGGAACCUGUCUCCAUUUGUUUCACUCUUUUUCCUCUCAUACCUCACACAUCUAUCUCUCUAUCUCCUCGCCGAGAAUGGCUGACCGAACCAACCCUAGCAGCCACACACAACACAGACCCAUCUACAACUCAACCACCGUCCCACGCAGCAACAACACCACCACCAACCACCCCCUCUCAUCUCUUCUCCGUCAGCUACUACAAUCGCAGUCUCCUAAUCACUCCGGUCAGCUCUUCGGCUUCCUCGCAUUUUUCAUCUCUGGUGGAAUCCUCCUUUUACUCACCGGAAUCACCGUCACCGCUUCUGUCCUCGGAUUCAUUGCUUUUCUCCCACUCAUCAUCAUUACAAGCCCUAUUUGGAUCCCUUUGUUCCUCGUCGUUACCGGAUUCUUGUCCGUCGCCGGAUCCCUCUUCGCUACGGGGGCUGUUGUGUUGUGGUUGUAUCGAUAUUUUAAAGGCAUGCAUCCACUUGGGUCGGAUCAGGUGGAUUAUGCUCGGAGUCGAAUCCAUGACACGGCGGCCCAUGUAAAAGAUUAUGCUGGUGGGUACUUCCAUGGUACGCUGAAAGAUGCAGCACCUGGUGCAUGAAGGUUAACCGAUAUGGUUUGGUCUCAUGUAGAAAUUACACGUUUUUUGUUUUUCCCCUUAAUUAGUGUUGUGUUUUUUUCCUCUCUCUCUCUUGGUAUAUAUGAUCAAUAAUAUAUGAAAUGUGGUCUGUGUUUGUAUGAAUGUCACUUUAACAAAACCAAAAAAAGGAGCGGUUUGUGUUUAUUCUCUAGUAGAUACCGAGAUAUAUAAAAUGAAUCCCCAAUAUUUCUUUUGUA